GAAACGAUCGAUCAAACGUAAACAACACGUUAUUUUGACCUUAAUUUUGUCAUUAAUUUAUUUUAAAUGAAAAUUGUCAAUUGACUUUAUAAGUAACAUACCUAGCGGUACUUUAUGGCCUUCAAAAUGCGCCAUGCAUACAAAAAGAAGAUUUUAUAUUGCGGAGUGGUGGUCAUUACAUUAAUGAUACUGCUGCAUCCUGAUAUGAAUGCGCGUCGAUCAUAUGAGUACAUUGAGAAAGAUAAUAUUGUUAAAAACCUUCACGAAGAAACUGCUGCUAACUUCACCAGUACCGCUAUAGUUGACUGUGAUUAUUACGACAUUAUACACGAUGAAACUAGUCUGUCCAUUAGUAUAGUUGGCGGAGACUUGAUAGAAGGCCAUAAGAUAAAGGAAGGGGGAGAAUACGCUCCGUCUGACUGUAAACCUAAAUACAGCACUGCUAUUAUUGUACCUUACAGGGACAGAGCUGAAGAAUUGCGAGGUUUUCUAGUAUAUAUGCACACAUAUUUCCAUCGCCAACAUAUCCAUUACCGCAUCUAUGUGGUGGAACAAGUAGACUCUAGGCCUUACAAUCGAGCCAAGCUCUUGAAUAUAGGGGCAGUUGCAGCUAUGAAAGCAGGGUAUCCUUGUCUUGUUCUCCAUGAUGUUGAUCUCUUACCACUGAGACCAGCAAACUUGUAUGCUUGUACUGAACAACCUAGGCAUAUGUCAUCAAGUAUCAAUAAAUUCAGAUUUGUUUUACCUUACUUAAACCUCUUUGGUGGUGCUAUAGCAAUUGUAUCAAAGCAAUUCAAACAAAUAAAUGGCAUGAGCAAUGAGUAUUUUGGUUGGGAAGGAGAAGAUGAUGACUUGUAUUCUCGUUUGGAAGCGAAUGAUCUCAAAUUAUGUAGAUUUGAACCUGAGAUAAGUCGCUAUCACUUGGCAUCUCAUACACCUGUAAAGAAACUGGACAUGGGCAAAAAAGCAGGGUCCUUCACAAAAGAAAAGAUGGCGGCUGAUGGAUUGAGCUCUUUGCAAUACACUGAGCCCGGAACCCGCCACCUCCGAUAUAUACAAGGGUUGAAAAGCUACAAGGGGUUGACGAAUCAAGAUUCCAACUUUUGCAAAGUUUCCUUACGAUGAUGUUCACCAUCCCGAAAUUUUGAAGAAGUGUCUUAAAAAAGAAAAAGAGAAAAUUAUUAAUUUUAAGAAGACACGUUUGUUCUUGCCUGCGUCGGGAUCGAACCAGCAUAACGUGCGGACAAAUACAUACAUAAAUACGCAAGGCCACCACGACUUAUAAAUAAGAAAAAUUAAUAAAUAAUUCGAUUUAAAAUUGUUAAUUCACUAGCUAGAAUAUUAGCAAAUUUAAAACUGUCCUAAUCUAUUUUUUUAUCUACAAGUUAGAAACUAUAGCAGCAAAAAUAGCCAGCUAGUGCAUUUGCUCAAUAGCACGCAAGGAAUUUCGUCGUUACCACUAUUAACUUUUUUGUAGCGAAUAAACAGUUAAAAUAUG